GGAUUUGCGAAUAUCAGUUGGGAACCACUGAUUGCAGGCUUGAAGUUAGCAACAAAUAUUUGCGCGAACACAAUCUUCCGACCCCGUGCUCGUCCGAGGAUCGGAGCAAGAGACGAGUGUGCCUAAUUUGAAAAAAAUGUGCUGGAAAAGUGGCGGUACCGUAAACAGUUUUUAUUUAUUUUGAAACAAAAGUCUACCCUGUAGAAGAUACGAAAUCAUUAUCUGUAAGGUCUAUAGGAUGGUACUCCGUAGUUGUGCUCCCCGACUUGUUUUAAAUUGCACCAACGUCGGUACCAGGCACAUCAAAUAUCCAGUCGAUAAAACUCAACAGCGAUUCUACGCCACCCUACCUCGUCUCACUCCUCAAGAGGUGACGUCUAUAUUACAAGCCAAUGAGUAUGCCAAAGAUUUUGAUGGUCCAAAUUCGAUUAAAUGCUAUGACUCAAAUCAACUGGCAUCUAAUAAUCCUAUAGAGGAUACCAGAUCCGAAGCACAAUGUCUCUUAACAAAAGGCACGUUGUUGGGAGUAUUUGAUGGUCACGGUGGUGGUGCCUGUGCUCAGGUUAUUUCGAAACGACUGUUCCACUACAUCUCUGCAUGCUUACUUCCCACUGAGAUAUUGAAAAAGUAUCUCCAAUCGAUUGAGAAUGAUGAUAGGAGGUUGGAACUGAUAGAAAGUUUCAACGAUAAAGUAGAGCUUGUCGCUGAUAUCCGGGAACUGUAUCAAGCAAGUUUUUUUUCAUUCGUCAAAGAGCUGGUCGAGCAUGGAUCCACGAAAGAAUUUCACAUGGAAACAGCUCUUGAAAAUGCCUUUCUUAAAUUGGAUAACGAUCUUUCCUGCGAAGCCUUGAUGAAACUAAGCAGAAAAGAUGCUGCAAGGACACUCGCCGUUGCAAUGUCUGGUGCCGUGGCUGUAAUAGCCCACAUAGACGGACCUCAUUUGCAUGUUGCUGGUCUUGGAGAUUGCCAAGCUGUGCUUGGCGUACUUUCAGAAAAUGAUGCAUGGUCAGCCAAGAUGAUGACGGUGGAACAUAACAGUGACAACCGUACAGAAGUAGAAAGAAUUUUAUCUGAGCAUCCAAACAAUGAACGAUCUACUGUAAUAAAGAUGGAGCGUCUCCUUGGUCAACUUGCACCUCUGCGUGCUAUGGGAGACUUCAGAUAUAAAUGGAGUAAAGAGAUAUUGAAGGAUGUUGUGGUGCCGUAUCUUGGUGAAAGUGCUAUCCCUCCGAAUUACCAUACUCCUCCGUAUCUGACUGCUAAACCAGAAGUACACUAUCACAGAUUGACCCCAAGAGAUAAAUUUCUGAUAAUUGGUAGCGAUGGAUUGUGGGACUUGAUAUCGCCUUUGGAAGCAGUCAGACUUGUCGGUGAGCACAUGAGCGGAAAAGUAACACUGAGUCCGCUGAAACUCCCGAGAAAAAACAUGAAGCUAUCAGAAAUUAACGAGAUGCUACUGCAGCGUAAAGAUGGUCUGAAAAAAAAACCACUGGACCGUAAUGCAGCUACGCAUUUAUUACGAAAUGCGCUCGGAGGUACCGAGUAUGGUAUAGACCAUGGAAAGUUGUCCCAAUUAUUGACAUUGCCUGGUGAAGUAGUUAGAGUAUUUCGUGAUGAUAUUACUAUCACUGUCGCGUACUUUGACUCUGAAUUUUUAAGGCACUGUCCGCCGUGACUAUUAUAUGUAUAUAAGUUUGAAGUUAUUUUAAGAAACCUCUUCAGCUUUGAAUGCUGAAAUGCUAAUGCAACUACCCAGUGCUGAAGAAGAUAAUCUCUCUUGAACCUAUUUCAAUCAAACUGUUUCACCAAAACCAGUAUCUUUGUAUACUUUUAUUUCUGCUGAAUCAAUCGCUGGCGAUUUUACGCAUCUCUACUUACUGCCAUAGAUUAUUUUAGCAUAUUAUAUGUAUAUUUAUGUAAUUCACAUUAGCAGCAUCGUCAGAAGUAUGCAUAUAUCAGCUGACCUUUUGAAACUUGCGACAAAAACGCUUAUACCUAUAAGCGAAAAGCGCUAUAGCAGUUAAAGUUUAACAAGUAUAACCGACUUGAGAGCGUAUAAGAAGUUUUUGAAUACCUGCCAGAUGAUAACACAGAUUGGAUACGUAUUUAUUGCACGAUGCAGUUGGGCGGUACCAAGCGCAAUAUAAGUAAUGAAAAAUCGAUAUUUAUUAACCUUGCCGAGCAAGGGAGUGCGAGUUUCUUGUAACGAUGUCAAAUUUGCCGUUGCAUAACUUGGUUUAGAAUUCUUUAAAAGUAUACGGUCCUUUUCGGCUAAAUCCGGAUUUCUCAUUUUGUGAUAUUUUUACAAUUCAGGCGUUUAUUGAACUGCAACUGUUAACCGUCUAAUUCAAAUACAUUAUAAUAACUUGUUAUUUAUUUAGUUAACAAUAAAAACACAAUUUACAUAGUACAAGUAAUAAUUAUACUUAUUAUUAACACAUUGAUAUACAUCAUGAAUGGAUGAAAAUCUGUUCGGGUAAUGUUUCAUUUUGUAAUUUUCGGAAUACCUCGAGCCUAUUUUAUUUGUAAUUCAUUCCCGAUGAGUAUACCAUAAUGUACACCUUCAGUACAUAACUUGAAAGUUCAACUCGAUAUUAAUUGCAUUAACGUAAAAACUCGUAA